AUGCUGAUACGGUAUGGGAAUGUAGGAAAACCGAUUUUGGUACCGCUCACGGCCUCGCUCUACGUCCCGGGUACGUUGGCAGAUACGGAGAAUGUGAUUGUGGAUGUGGGCACGGGGUUUUACGUGGAGAAGGUGUGUGUAUCUGUGGGUUCCCAUCCGGGAGGGACAUGAAUUGAUGGGAAUUAUAGAGCACGAAGGAUGCGAAUAAGUUCUAUAACGGCAAGGUCGAUGAGCUUGGAACCAAUCUGAAGGCCCUGGAGAAGAUCAUCCAAGAAAAGACUGAUGGCUUACGACUUAUUGAAGAUGGUUUGUUUCACGGAUCAUCAAACUCAAUACGCAAGUGCUGA